AUGCUACAGUCCCUGGAAGUGGGUCCGCGAGGCCGUCCCCGGCCGUGUUCGCACUGCCCGCCACCGGGUGCGGGGCGGACCGGGCCCGGGCUGCAUAGCGAGCCCGACCGCGGGGGUUCCGAAGGGGACGGCCUCUCCCGUCGCGAGCGCCGUGGCGGCACCCUCCGGUGGAGCCCCCGGCGCUGGCCUGCACCUCCUGGCGGCGGCCGACAGGCGGAAACCUGCUUUCUGGGUCCCGGGUCCCGGGUCUCGGGGGCGGGCGUCGGCGCCACGGGGCCAGGUCCACGGACGAGGCUGAAGUCCGCCGGGUUCUCGGGCCUCCAGAGCCGGGAGACACCAGCCUCUGUGCCCGCGGGAGGCUCCUUCCGAGAACCGCCCACCUUCUCUUAG